AUGCGGUGGUCCAGGUCGCUCUUGUUCAAACAGCACAAUACUAGACAAGCAAUCAUUCGUCCCAGCAACUACGCAUGUGCCCGUCCUUUUUCGAAGGCACAUAUCUCGAGAAUGGCUCUCCCAAUCAGCAGUCCGUCACCGCGCCUAGACCGCUUUGGACAAGCCAUGGAAUCUCUUUACGGGAGCUUUAGCAGCAUCGAAGACCCAAAAACCUGGAUUCCGCCCCCAAGAUCAGGCGGUCAUCGGGGGCGAUACCUAUGGACAGAUGCGUUCGGGGUCGUCAACUUUCUCACAAUGCACAAAGAGUAUAAGCGAACUGGCAAUGACAAGGCUGGCGACGACCGUUAUCUGGUGCUGGCUGCUCGUCUGAUUGAGACUGUUCAUGACGUUCUGGGUAGGAACCGAGACGGCCGGUCAAGACUGCGAGGGGCAACAGACGCGAACCCGCUAAGCGGUGGAUUGAGGAUCGGCAAGACAGAUGCUCGCGGCCCAGAUGGAGACGGGCAAUAUCAUCAUUAUCUAACGGUUUGGAUGUUUGCGUUGAACCGGAUGGCCAAAGCAUCGGGGGAUUUGAAGUACAACAGGCAAGCCAUAGAGCUGGCAAAAGCGAUACACCCCAAGUUCUUUGUUGAUCGCGCGGCAGCUCGACCGAGAAUGAUAUGGAAAAUGAACAUGGAUCUGUCAGAACCGAUGGUCAAGUCAGAGGGUAAUCUUGAUCCGAUUGAUGGCUUUGUCGUGUUCCGACUCCUGCAAGAUACGGCCAUGGAAGCAGGUGAUGGUGCAUUCUUGGCCGAGGAGAUCGACGACUACAGACGCACUAUGGAGCGAAAAGGAGAGCACUUUGUUUCAAGUGAUCCUCUGGAUCUGGGUAUGACUUUGUGGACGGCCCAUUGGUUUUCCGGGCGAGAGCGCUGGGCUGCUGACCUGGCGGGGAAAUGCUUCGAGCAAAUAUGGAUGGUCCCAGACAAUCUGUUCGAGAUUAACCAAUAUUUGGAGCGCAACAUCCGAUUUCGGUUGGCCUUUCGUGAGUUUGGAACCUGCAUGGGCAUCCAAUGCCAGUCAGGUGUGAAGGCGGAAAAAGAAGGCGCAGUUGAUUUGAAAUGCUACUCCGACGCCAUAAUUGCUGCUUGGGAUCCAUACAUGCAGCUAUCCAUAUCCGAUGAUCUGACACCAGAGGACUUGAGGCCUAUCUCGCGGGUGAUGUAUGCGUCGGCGUUGAUUCCAGGGGGUAAGUCAAACGAGCCCCUAUGA